AUCUUUUCCUCCAUGCCAAACGCAACUGUUGCAGAAAAUUUUCGAGAAACUGAAUUUUAGAAAGGAGAGAAAAUGGUUGGCCGUUUUAGACGCUCUCUUUCGUUCCCUAACAAAAUCAAUCCCAACCGUCCAGUGGCUAAGCCGCCCAUUUCUUACCACAUCAGGUCCGUCAGUCUUCCAUGCAGAUCCCACCCCCUGAUCUCCCAGCUUAAGGAUGAGAUCACCGAGCUCAAAUCAUGGGUUUCCAAGCCGGACUCCCGAACUUCGUCUUGGCUGUGCGACGGAUUGAGUCGUCUCAAGAACGUCCAUGACUACCUCGACGACAUUCUUCAGCUCCCUCAGACACAGGAAACACUACGACAACGUUGUCAAUCCCUGUGGGUUGAGAAACUCUUAGAAGAUUUUCUUCGAUUUGUCGAUGUAUAUGGAAUCUUCCGGACGUCGGUUUUGGCUUUGAAAGAGGUGCAAUCUGCGGCGCAGGUGGCAAUGAGGAAGAGAGACGAAUCGAAGGUUGUUUCUUACGUAAAAUCUAGAAAGCAAAUGGCCAAGGAAAUGGGAAAGCUUGUCUCCGCCGUACGGAAUGUCAGGGUUCCAGCAAGAUCGGAGCCCGUAUCGGUGGGAGACGCAGAGCUAAUGGGUGUCAUCGGAGAUGUGAUUGAGGCGACCGUGACGGUCUCGGUUUCGCUUUUUAAUGGAAUAUCGGCGUCGUUUACCUCGAGGAAAUCAUCGUGGAUGGGACUGGGGUUAUACAAGAAGGCGAAGAAAACCAAGGUGGAGGAGGGUAUUGCAGAAUUUCAACAAGUUGGGGUGGAGAACUUGUGGGGUUUGAGAAAGAAGGCAGAAGAUCAGGAGGUGAGGAUGGCAUUGAAGAAAAUGCAGGAUAUGGAGGUCUGCAUUGGUGAUAUUGAAAAUGGUAGCGAGAGAGUGUUUAGGAGUUUGAUCAACGCAAGGGUUUCACUACUCAACACUCCCACACAAUAACAGUAGAAGUAAUUGUCAUAAAUGAAAAUUAAAUAUUAGGAUCCAUCUUGACGAACAGAGAUUGAAAUGAAUAUAAUUGGUACUGUACAGUUCAAGUUUUCUGUAAAUCAUUUGAUUCAUGAGUUGCAUGCACU